AUCGCAUGCUUCUGUGACUACAGUCACUGCUAUUGUUUACAGUCGAUGUUGUGAUUUGUAUUUAUGAACACAAGCAGUCGUAACACUACAAGUACGUGUAAAUUCUAUGACACCAGGGAUGUACCCGAACCACGUGACCCCUCGUGCGUCCUUUGCGUUAUAUCGAGGAACCGGCGGCGUAUAUAGAGACAUAUAGGAAGCAAACUGUACGGAUAUUCUUAUUCAUUUGGGACGGAUUGCGAUCGUUUAUGACGUCAGCCCCAUGGAUAUCGUCACAUCUGACUGGGACCUGAUAAUUCUCUAUUUUAAAUAUACGGAUAUGAAGAAGCUGGCGGUAUGAACUAGAAUAAUGGCUUCGUUGUGAACGAUCAGGAGCCCCAGAUAUUCAUGGACACUUUUGCCUAACACGAAAUCGGUGAAGUUCUUGUUUUAUACAAUUUUCACCUUCCACAGCCAUGGCAGCUACCUUCAGCAUCCUUGAUUACUGCAUCUUCAUCGGACUUUUAGCAGCAUCGGCUCUCAUUGGUGUGUAUUAUGUGCUCAAAGAAAAAUGGCAGGCGAGAAAGGCGACAGCAGACGACAUUUUGAUGGGAGGUCGGGAAAUGGGGAUAUUCCCUGUUGCGAUGUCGCUCAUCGCUAGCUAUAUGUCUGCCAUCACUGUGCUAGGGAUACCCACGGAGAUAUACCUGUUUGGGACCGGGUAUUGGAUGGUUGCUCUGGCCGGCAUUCUCACCUACCCUGUUACGUGUCAUAUUUUCCUUCCAUUUUUUCACGACAUGGGGUUGUCGAGCGCCUACCAGUAUUUAGAACUGAGAUUCUGCCGAACGGCGAGAUAUCUCGCCUCGGUCAUAUUUACAAUAGAAAUGUUACUGUAUAUGGCUGUGGUUUUGUAUGCACCCUCACUUGCUCUUAAUCAAGUGACGGGACUGCCCCUAUGGGUGUCAAUUGUCACCGUGGGUAGUGUAGUUACCUUCUACACAUCAAUGGGAGGUCUCCGCGCAGUAUUGUGGACAGACACUUUCCAGACAUUCAUUGUCAUUGGCGGACUUAUCGCUCUCAUCGUCAUCGGAUGCCAGAAAGUGGGAGGUCUCGCUCACGUUUGGCAGGUUGCUGAACUUGGAGAGCGGAUAAACUUUUUGAAUUUUGACCCGAGUCCUUUCACGAGACUGACGGUGUGGGGAGCUGUGUUCGGCAGUUUCAUUGGUCAGCUGACGAUCUAUGGAGCCAAUCAGACGAUGUUACAGAGAUACAUGUCUAUCAAGAACGUCAGGAACUCCCAGAUCGCCCUCUAUAUCAGCCUUCCUGCCACUUUCCUGCUUAUCUCCCUUGUAUGCUUGACCGGCCUUGUGAUUUACGCCACCUACCGGAGCUGUGACCCCUUGUUAAAUGGGCAGAUAAUCUCAAACGAUCAGUUACUUCCCUUCCUGGCAAUGGACACCCUGGGUCAGAUUAAAGGUGUUCCCGGGCUGUUUGUGGCCUGUAUAUUCGCAGCAGCUCUCAGCUCCAUCUCGUCCUGCCUGAACGCAACGUCCAUCACGUUGUUGGAGGAUAUCAUCAAGCCGUGUCUGGAGACGUGCAAGAAGUCCAUGUCGCCACCAACAGAGGCCUGGCUGGCAAAACUACUAGGGGUAAUUGGAGGCGGGAUUGUCAUCGGAUUGGCAUUUUUGUCAUCAAUUCUUGGGAACACAGUUUUACAGAUUAUGAUCACGGCGUUGGGGAUGGCUGGGGGCCCGCUGUUGGGGCUGUUUCUACUUGGCAUGUUUUGUCCAGGGUGCAAUUCCAAGGGAGCAAUAACUGCCACGAUAAUUAGUACAGCGGCGACUUUCUGGAUUGCGAUUGGCUCCUUUGUGACGCAUGCGCCUCAGCCAGUACUUCCGUUAUCCACGUCAGGGUGUGCCGUCCACAACGAGACUCUCACAUACAGUCAACUCAACUUAUCGAUGGCCAUUCCACAUGCUGAUGAACAUGGCGUUGUUGAAGAAGACUGGACUGGAAUAAAGCUCAUCUACCGGCUGUCCUUCCUCUGGUAUCCAACAGUGUCGGUUGGAGUGUCGAUUGUCACUGGCGUCAUCGUCAGCUGGUUUACCUGUUGGAAUGGCCACCACGUUGACGCCCGUUACAUCUACCCCAUCUGUGGAACCCUGUGCUGCUGCCUUCCCAAGUGUCUCGUCAACAGGUGCUACGGAUCCUACCAGCGGGUACUUGUAAGUAAAACAGGAUUCAGUUUGGGUGACAACGAGAUUGGCCAUUCCGAUGAAGAAGAGGAAGUGACGUCACACCGGAACACCACCUCCUCACGAGAAAAUGCGAGACUUAUACCGUCGGACAUUCGAAGUAUGGGAAAUACGGACUCAGGCGAGGAAAGCCCAUUUUAGUCGCAGAAAACCCCAAGGUCGUUUUCGCCAUAGUCGUUUUCGAGUCAUAGCGUCAUGGGAGGUAUUUGUUCCUCGUUCUGUGGAUAUUCUGACUUUGAGAAGUUGUAAUAUCGCUGGAGACAUGGAUUCAGGUCUUUGUAUGCCACGGCACAAACUCUCCGCUCCAACCCUCACAGAGAUACGGCAACAUGAGUGACAAAAGCGCAUUAUAAAUACGUUUGAUCGAAUGUCGUUCCCGACAACUCAGACGUUUCAUAGCUACUUGUUGGGAAAGUUCUUGUUGAAACUUCAUUCACCCGGGAGUUAAAUUCCUCGCCCUUUUCCUAAUUCUCGAAUACUGACGCAAAGUGUCGAAUUCUGAAAAGUGACACCGUCGACCUUGGAGAUGAUGUCAUCAAGUGGAAUUUAUUUUGUGUCCUCGUCAACGUCUUGUUUAAAAUUUAAUCUAUGAGCAUUUUUAAUUUGUUCACUACGUUAUUUCGGUUACAUAAAGAAUACGAUUAUAUUUGUUGAUGUUUACCUCCACUUUGCACUAUUCCAGCAAUUAUAUGACGGCAGCCACUAGAUAAAAAUCUAGUAUUGGUCAGAUAAUUCAGUGAUUGAUAGUGUGAACACACCGUUGGAUGUAAUAUGACACGUGAUGAACAGUCUCUGCUGUACGACCAUCGGUUGCUGGAGACCAUUUUUACCUCGGAAUCGGUACACAAUUCCUACAAUACCCGCUUGGAGGCUGACGAAAUUGUAAAGCAACAAAACGGUUUAUGUGUUUCAAUUAAAAGCAAUGCGCUAUUUCUCUGCUUCGUGUAACAGUUGUCUGUUCCGACUGAACUCCUUUCUGUAUUAUAUGUGUGUGUUACAUGGCGGCCUGUCUGCGAAUUUCUCCCCAAUUCAACUGACUUUAAUAAUGGGAGAUGACACAAGAGGCAAAUAGAUAUUGUUGUGUG